AUGCCUUAUUAUUCUCAGCAGGAUUAUUCUGCAUACGAGAUGCCCAACUCCGACUAUGCAUGGCAAUCGCUACCUGGCGAAGAACUCUUCACUGGAGGAAUCGAGAGCAACACGAUCAUCAACCCUUUCUUUGAUGCAGAGCUUAUGACGAACUGGCAGAUGCCUAACCCUGAUCAAGUCCACUUGAGCGGAGAGCCUUUCCUGGAAAACGCCCAAUUUUCAUUCCAUGUAGAGCUUACGGCACAUCACUGGCCGUUACCAACGGCCAACCAUUCUAUGCAAGUCCCUUUGAAUGAAGAAUUCCUCAGCGAAACUCCCUCGACCCACCACUUCUUACAACGCCCUUCUGAUACGGAGAGCCCAGUCAAUCAAAUAAUAUCUCCAGCUCUCAACCAAUCUCCGUAA